ACUUCUCGCUUGUUUCGUUAUUUGUCUCACCUGUACCAUUAUUUUCGUAUCAAUUUCCGAAUAUCUGCCUGGAAGCUAAUGAUGAUCAUAAGGAUGUUUUGGUUUUUGAUUUCGAUUGUGGUGAUGUUAGCUGA